GGCGGGAGGCGCCGCUGAGUCAUCCUCUCCUCCCCGGGGGGCGGGGGCGGGUGGUACUGCUGACUCACGCUGACUCGGCCCCCUCCCACCAGCCGGGCGCGCCCACCCCGCCUCUCCCGGGGGGGGGGAGGCAAAAAAGACAGCAGAGAAAUCCCCCAACCCUGCCGCCCGAAAGGGGACCCCCAAAACCCAGAUGACUCUAAACCUUUUUAAUCUGGAUUUAGAGGCUAUUUGGAGGACGGAUCCAUCUUCGGGGCACCGGGGGAGGUUUCUUUGUGGAUGGCGUCCUCCCCUUCGCGACGAAUGGUACAGUCCCAGCGGGUGGUUAAAGUCCCUGCGGCGGCGGCGGCCCGUGGCCAUUAGGGGGCAGGAUGGGGCUGCGGGAGGGCGCAGGCGCAGUGGAGGCCAACGGUGCUGGGGAAGGUAUCGGCGCAGGCGCAGUGGAGGGCGGUGGAGCCCCGCAGCGCCCCCUGGAGGAUCCGGAGCCCCCCAGCAUCCACUCCGGGAGCAUCACUGCUGUGCACAACAUUCCGCUAAGCGUCCUCAUCCGGCCCCUGCCCUCCGUGCUGGACCCCGCCAAGGUGAAGAGCCUCGUCAAGACCAUCCAGGCCGCACCGGAGCGGGUGCCCCCGAUCGACGUCCUGUGGAUCGAGGGGUCGCAGGGCGGGGACUACUAUUACUGUUUCGGGGGCUGCCACCGGCACGCGGCCUUCGUGGAGCUCAACAAGGAGACCCUCCCGGCCAAAAUCGUCCGCUCCACCGCCGCCGACCUGCGCCUCUACCUCGGCUCCUCCGCCCCUGACCUCAAGUAGCCCCUUCCCCGGCCUCCGCCGGACCGUCCGAUGGGGGACAAGCGGGGCUGCCCGGCGGGUAAUAAUAAUAAUAACAAAUAAUAAUAAUAAAUGAUGGCGUUUGU